AUGUUCAACCUGAUGAAGAAGGACAAAGAGAAGGAUGGGGCCCGGAAGGAGAAGAAGAAGGAGAAAAAGGAGCGAAUGUCAGCAGCUGAACUCAAGAGCCUGGAGGAGAUGAGCAUGCGCCGGGGCUUCUUCAACCUCAACCGUGCCUCCAAGCGUGACUCCAAGACCCGCCUGGAGAUCUCCAAUCCCAUCCCCAUUAAAGUGGCCAGUGGCUCCGAGCUGCACCUCACGGAUAUUGACUCCGACAGCAACCGGGGCAGCGUCAUCUUGGACUCAGGCCACCUGAGCACGGCCAGCUCCAGUGACGAUCUCAAGGCGGACGAUACCAACUUCAAGGGCUCGGUGCUGCAGCGGGCAGCCAAGUUUGGCUCCUUGGCCAAGCAGAACUCCCAGGUGAUUGUCAAGCGCUUCUCCUUCUCCCAGAAAAGCCGGGAUGAGAGCACCUCAGAGACCUCCACGCCCUCUGAGCACUCGGCAGCACCCUCCCCCCAGGUGGAGGUGCGCACGCUGGAGACCCCACUCGACAAACAGGGGGUUCCCCCAGGACAGCCCUGCACCCCUCCUGCCGCCUCCCUGCGUGCCAGGGUGCCGGAGCUCGUCGGCAAGAGGUUCCCCGCCGAGCUGCGGCUGCCCGCCCUGGUGCCCCCCCAGCCUCCCACCCCACGGCAGCUGGAGCUGCAGAGGCGCAACACCGGCGAUUUCGGCUUCUCCCUGCGCCGCACCACCAUGCUGGACCGGGGCCCUGACGGGCAGGUGUACCGGCGCAUCGUGCACUUCGCCGAGCCCGGAGCCGGCACCAAAGACUUGGCCUUGGGCUUGGUGCCGGGUGACCGGCUGGUGGAGAUCAACGGGCGGAACGUGGAGAGCAAAUCGAGGGAUGAGAUCGUGGAGAUGAUCCGGCAGUCGGGGGAGACGGUGCAGCUGAAGGUGCAGCCCAUCCUGGAGCUGAGCGAGCUGAGCCGCUGCUGGCUGCGGGGCGGCCAGGGGACACGCCGUGCUGCCUGGGAUCUGGACCCCCCCGCCUCCGCCUCAGCACCCAGCCAGGCCAAGACAGAGGAGCAGAUAGCAGCUGAGGAGGCCUGGUACGAGACCGAGAAGGUGUGGCUGGUGCACAGGGAUGGCUUCUCCUUGGGCAGCCAGCUGCGGCCGGAGGUGGGCAGUCUCCUGCCCGAGGGCAAAGUGAAGGUGAAACUGGACCACGAUGGAGCCAUCCUGGAGGUGGAGGAGGACGAUGUGGAGAAGGCAAAUCCCCCGUCCUGCGACCGUGUGGAGGACCUUGCCAACCUCCUCUACCUCAACGAGUCCAGCACGCUGCACACGCUGCGCCAGCGCUACGGCGGCAACCUCCUGCACACCUACGCCGGGCCCACCAUGGUCAUCAUCAACCCGCUGAGCUCCCCCUCCAUGUACUCUGAGAAGGUCAUGCACAUGUUCAAGGGGUGCCGCAGGGAGGACACGUCCCCGCACAUCUACGCGGUGGCGCAGGCCGCGUACCGCAGCAUGCUGAUGAGCCGCCAGGACCAGGCCAUCGUCCUGCUGGGCGCCAGCGGCAGCGGCAAAACCACCAACUGCCAGCACCUAGUGCAGUACCUCGCCACCAUCGCGGGCAGCACCGGCAAAGUCUUCUCCGUGGAGAAGUGGCAAGCUCUCUACACCAUCCUGGAGGCUUUUGGCAAUAGCAGCACCGGCAUGAACGGCAACGCCACCCGCUUCUCCCAGAUCAUCUCUCUGGACUUCGACCAGGCUGGGCAGGUGGCGUCUGCCUCUGUACAGACACUGCUGCUGGAGAAGCUGCGUGUGGCCCGGCGCCCAAGCAAUGAGGCCACCUUCAAUGUCUUCUAUUACCUGCUGGCCUGCUCUGACAGCACCCUGCGGACUGAGCUUCACUUCAACCACCUGGCAGAGAACAAUGUCUUCGGCAUCGUGCCUCCCUCCAAGCCAGAGGAAAAGCAGAAGGCAACCCAGCAGUUUGGCAAGCUCCUGGCAGCCAUGAAGGUGAUGGGCAUCUCAGGAGAUGAGCAGAAAGCCUUCUGGCUCAUCCUGGGGGCCAUUUACCAUCUGGGAGCUGCUGGGGCAACCAAAGACGCCGACGAAGCUGGGAGGAAGCAGUUUGCACGGCACGAGUGGGCUCAGAAAGCCGCGUACCUGCUGGGCUGCAGCCUGGAGGAGCUCUCCUCUGCCAUAUUCAAGCACCAGCCCAAGGGCACCCUGCAACGCUCCACCUCCUUCCGGCAGGGCCCUGAUGAGUCUCCCCUAGGGGACAGUGGCACAGGUCCCAAGCUGACAGCGCUGGAGUGCCUGGAGGGCAUGGCAGCUGGCUUGUACUCUGAGCUCUUCACACUCCUCAUCUCCCUCCUCAACAGGGCACUGAAGUCGAGCCAGCACUCGGUGUGCUCCGUGACAGUGGUGGACACCCCUGGGGCACAGAACCCCGAGCUGGCAGGGCAAAGCCGGGGGGCCACCUUCGAGGAGCUCUGCCACAACUACGCCCAGGAGCGCCUGCAGCAGCUCUUCCACCAGCGCACCUUUGCCCGUGAGCUGGAGAGAUACAAGGAGGAGAACAUAGAGCUUGCCCUGGCUGAUGCUGAGCCCAGCUCCUCUGGCUCCAUAGCUGCUGUGGACCAGUCCUCACACCAGGCACUGGUCCGGUCUCUGGCCCGCACAGACGAGGCGCGGGGGCUGCUGUGGCUUCUGGAGGAGGAGGCGCUGCAGCCAGGCGGCAAUGAGGACACCUUGCUGGAGCGGCUCUUAUCCUACUACGGCCCACAGGAAGGGGGCAAAAAAGGGCACAACCCGCUGCUUCCCAGUGACAAGCCCCGACACUUCCUCCUGGGACACAGCUCAGGGACCAACUGGGUGGAGUACGAUGCUACGGGAUGGCUCAACUACGUCAAGCACAACCCGGCCUCCCAAAACGCUUCUGUCCUGCUGCAGGAGUCCCAAAAGAAGGUGAUCAGCAGCCUGUUUGCCGGGCGCGGCGGGUCGGCGCUGGUGCUGUCGGGCUCGGUGGCGGGGCUGGAGGGGGGCUCCCAGCUGGCCCUGCGCCGGGCCACCAGCAUGCGCAAGACCUUCACCACCGGCGUGGCUGCUGUCAAGAAGAAAUCCCUCUGCAUCCAGAUCAAGCUGCAAGUGGAUGCCCUCAUUGACAGCAUCAAGAAGUCCAAGCUCCACUUUGUGCAUUGCUUCCUGCCCAAGGCGGGGGGCGGCGGGGACCCCCAGGCUGUGCCGUGCCGGAGGGUGAGCGGCAGCGAGCUGGAGCUGCCAGCAGAGCACUGUGAGGCCGGGCUGAUGCAGCUGGAUGUGCCCCUCCUGCGUGCCCAGCUCCGUGGCUCCCGCCUGCUCGACGCCCUCCGCAUGUACCGCCAAGGUUACCCUGACCACAUGGUGUUUGCGGAGUUCAGGCGGCGCUUUGAUGUCCUGGCCCCACACCUGACCAAAAAGCAUGGGCGCAACUACAUCGUGGUGGAUGAGAAGCGGGCAGUGGAGGAGCUCCUGGAAUCACUGGACCUGGAGAAGAGCAGCUACCACAUGGGCUUGAGCCGGGUGUUUUUCCGGGCUGGAUCACUGGCCAGGCUGGAGGAGCAGCGGGACACACAGACCAGCAGGAACAUCACCCUUUUCCAGGCGGCGUGCAGGGGCUUCCUGGCACGGCAGCACUUCAAGAAGAGAAAGAUCCAGGAUUUGGCCAUCCGGUGCGUGCAGAAGAACAUCAAGAAGAACAAAGGGGUGAAGGAUUGGCCCUGGUGGAAGCUCUUCACCACCGUGCGCCCCCUCAUCGAGGUGCAGCUCACCGAGGACCAGAUCCGUGGCAAAGACGAAGAGAUCCAGCAGCUGAAGAGCAAACUCGAGAAGGUGGAGAAGGAGCGUAACGAGCUGCGGCUCAACAGUGACCGUCUGGAGAGCAGGAUCACAGAGCUGACGUCGGAGCUGACAGACGAGCGGAACACCGGUGAGUCGGCCUCCCAGCUGCUGGACGCUGAGACGGCCGAGAGGCUGCGGGCUGAGAAGGAGAUGAAGGACCUGCAGGCCAAGUACGAUGCCCUGAAGAAGCAGAUGGAGUCAAUGGAGAUGGAGGUGAUGGAAGCUCGGCUCAUCCGGGCGGCUGAGCUCAAUGGGGAGCUCGAUGAUGAUGAUACAGGUGGUGAAUGGCGGCUGAAAUACGAGCGGGCAGUGAGGGAGAUUGACUUCACCAAGAAACGGCUGCAGCAGGAGCUGGAGGACAAGCUGGAGGUGGAGCAGCAGGGCAAGAGGCAGCUGGAGCGCAAGCUGGCGGACCUGCAGGCGGACAGCGAGGAGAGCCAGCGGGCGCUGCAGCAGCUGAAGAAGAAGUGCCAGCGCCUGGCUGCCGAGCUGCAGGACACCAAGCUGCACCUUGAGGGACAGCAGGGGCGCAACCAUGACCUGGAGAAGAAGCAGCGGAGGUUUGACAGUGAGCUCUCGCAAGCUCAUGAGGAGGCGCAGCGGGAACGGCUGCAGCGGGAGAAGCUGAGCCGAGAGAAGGAUGUGCUGGUGGCUGAGGUCUUUGGCCUCAAGCAGCUGCUGGAGGACAAGGACUCGGACAUCGCAGGGUUGACACAGAAGGCGGAGGCUCUGGAGGCAGAGCUGCAGGACAUCUCCUCCCAGGAGUCAAAGGACGAAGCCUCCCUGGCUAAGGUGAAGAAACAGCUGAGGGACCUGGAGGCGAAGGUCAAAGACCAGGAGGAGGAACUGGAUGAGCAGGCUGGGACCAUCCAGAUGCUGGAGCAGGCGAAGCUGCGGCUGGAGAUGGAGAUGGAGCGGCUGCGGCAGACCCACGCCAAGGAGGUGGAGAGCCGUGAUGAGGAGGUGGAGGAGAUCCGGCAGUCAUGCCAGAAGAAGCUGAAGCAGAUGGAGGUGCAGCUGGAGGAGGAAUACGAGGACAAACAGAAGGUGCUGAGAGAGAAGCGGGAGCUGGAGAGCAAGUUAUCUGCUGUCAGCGAGCAGGCUAACCAGCGGGACUUUGAGACGGAAAAGCGCCUGCGCCGGGACCUGAAGAGAACUAAGGCACUGCUGGCUGAUGCUCAGAUCAUGCUGGACCACCUGAAAAACAAUGCACCCAGCAAGAGAGAGAUCACCCAGCUCAAGAAUCAGCUGGAAGAGUCAGAGUUCACCUGUGCGGCUGCUGUCAAGGCCCGCAAAUCCAUGGAGGUAGAGAUCGAGGACCUCCACCUGCAGAUCGAUGACCUUGCCAAGGCCAAGGCAGCGCUGGAGGAGCAGCUGAGCCGUCUGCAGAGGGAGAAGAACGAAGUGCAGAGCCGGCUGGAGGAGGACCAGGAGGACAUGAAUGAGCUGAUGAAGAAGCACAAGGCAGCUGUGGCCCAGGCAUCCCGGGACAUGGCGCAGAUGAAUGACCUCCAGGCACAGCUGGAGGAGGUCAGCAAGGAGAAGCAGGAGCUGCAGGAGAAGCUGCAAGGUCUGCAGAGCCAGCUGGAGUUCCUGGAGCAAUCCAUGGUGGACAAGUCGCUGGUGAGCCGGCAGGAGGCCAAGAUCCGCGAGCUGGAGACCAGGCUGGAGUUUGAGAGGACGCAAGUCAAGCGCCUGGAGAGCCUGGCCACACGGCUGAAGGAGAACAUGGAGAAGCUGACGGAGGAGCGGGAUCAGCGCGCAGCCGCCGAGAACCGGGAGAAGGAGCAGAACAAGCGGCUGCAGCGGCAGCUCCGGGAUGUCAAGGAGGAGAUGGGCGAGCUGGCCAAGAAGGAGGCAGAAGCCAGCCGCAAGAAGCACGAGCUGGAGAUGGACCUGGAGAGCCUGGAAGCUGCCAACCAGAGCCUGCAGUCAGACCUGAAGCUGGCCUUCAAGCGCAUCGGGGACCUGCAGGCGGCCAUCGAGGAUGAGAUGGAGAGUGACAGCAAUGAGGACCUCAUCAACAGUGAUGGUGACUCAGAUGUGGACUCGGAGCUGGAGGAGCGCGUGGAUGGGGUGAAGUCUUGGCUCUCCAAGAACAAAGGCUCCUCUAAAGCGCUCUCGGAUGAUGGCAGCCUGAAGGGCAGCAGGUCAGCCCCGCCGGACGGCCCCGAGCCCGAGGAGCGGCCGGUGUCGGUGUUGAGUUCCCUCAGCUACAGGAAGCGGCCGGGCCUCAAGGACUCCAUAGGCGGCCGAGGGGAUGAGCAGACGCUGUUCAGCGCCCUGGGCGAGCGGCCGCCUUCCCCCGAGCGCCCUCCGCGCAGGGCGGCCCGCGGCGGCGAGCCCCAGGACCGGGCGGCUGUCAUCGCCCGCGCCUUCGCCGACGCCAGCGGUCGGGCUCGCCAAGGGCUGGACAAGCGGUGGUCCCUCUCGGCCACCGACGUAGAGAAAGCUUCUGUCGCCUCCGCCCCAGUGAGCCGCGUCUCCUCCGCCUCCUGGCGCGGGCUGGAGGAUGGCGAUGAUGGGGACGAGGGAUGCUCAGUGCUGAGCUUCGCCCUCUCCAGCCCCGGCAGCUUGCGGAGCCGGCGCGGUGGCCCCGAGGGCCGCCCUGAGUCGCGGCUCUCCCUGGCUCGCAGCCGCCUGGAUGAGGCGGACGAAGGGUCCCGCGGGCAGCCCCUCUUGGGGCGCAGCUUCUCUGUGCCCCCACGGCCCCGCAGCGCAGCCUCCGAGGAGGAGGAGGGUCCUGGGGACGCCCGUCCCGUGCGAAACCGCUCCUACCUCGACCCCGACCUGGAAGCCGCCAUCCAAGAAGUGCUGAGCUACCGCCCGCUGCGAGCCAGAGGUUACUCCAGCCCCGACGCCGACUCGGGGGAUGACGGCCGGAGUGUCCGGAGUGUCAGGAGUGUCCGGAGUGCGGCCCCCCUGGGCACCGCUGACCGCCCCUCCGGCAGCCUGCGCCGCUCCGCAUCCGCCCUCGACUUCUCCCGGCACACCUGCCGGUGCCGCAGCAGCUCGGGCUCCUCUGAGGAAGAGGAGGAGCAGAAGAAGAAGAGCUCCAAGAAGCGUGCCAAGAAAAGCAAGAAGAAAUCCAAGAAGAAGAAGAAGAAGCAGCAGUCAUCAUCCGAGUCCAGUUCCUCCUCCGAGUCCUCCUCCGGCUCCACCAGCUCCUACCGCAGCACCUCCAGUGUCAAGAAGGGCCCGCGGGCGGCGGGGAGCGAGGAGCCCACACGUCCUGCCCGGGGCAAGAAGGAGGAGAAGCAGCGGAAGAAGCAAGUGGACAACCUGAUGAUGAAGUACCUGUACCGUCCCGAGAGCGACUGAGGCAGGAGUCCCACGAGCUCCCGGCACACCUUCACCUAUGACAGAUGGGAUGAUGAGCAGGACGCCGGGGACAGCACACGUCGCUCCUCCCGCAGCUCCCCCAGUGCCAGCGAGGUG